AUGUCCGAAUCAAGAAUUGUUGCGAAACGAUCAAACCAUACUGUCAAUUACCAAGCAAGAGACAAUGAACAUGCACCUGGCAACAGCAACAGGAGAGAUAUAGCUAGGAAUUUUGGUCAUGAUAGUGGUAGAAUUCAACAGACAUAUCAAAGGGAUGGUGCGGGCUAUCACAGUUUUCAUAACACAGCUAAUGGAAGAGAUGGUCAUGAUCCAAAGGCCAAAAAGCAUAUAAUUCGCAGUCCAAAAUGUUAUGAAAAUCGCUCGGAUCAUGGUGGUAUCAAAUUCAGAGGCGAGGUUUCAGAGUGUGAUAUAUGUUGUCGUGAAUCGGAUGUGUUCGCUGUUGGGUCAUGUUUACAUCCUAUAUGCAUAGAAUGCGGAAUUCGAUUACGAAUUUUGUGUAAAAAUGAAACGUGUCCAAAAUGUAGAGCUGUUAUUGAUAUGUUAUAUUUUGUACCGUUUCCGGGUGACUGGAGUGAUUACCAAAUACCCCUUCAGUACGUAGAGCAUAGGGAUGCUGCAAAUCAUAAAAUUAAAUUGGCAGAUGAUUAUGUUGCGAGAUGUUACGACAGUUAUUUAUCUCAUCAGUGUUUAAUAUGUGAAAAAAAGGGUGAGAAACGGGUAUUUGAAACGUUUGCUCAGUUGAAUCAACAUGUGUAUAUGGUUCAUCGUUUUGAAUUUUGUGUUAUUUGUGUGGAAAACUUGAACUUAUUUACUCAUGAGCGGAAAUUUUACUCACAGUCUAAUUUGAAACGGCAUCUCGAGCAAGGUGAUUCUGAUGAUAAGAGCUUUAAAGGUCAUCCAAAAUGUUUAUUCUGUGAAAAACGUUUCUUGGAUGAAGAGUUCCGUUACAAACAUCUUCGCAAAGAUCAUUUUUUCUGCCAGAUUUGUGAUGCUGAAGGGCGAAGCAAUUACUUUUUUCCGGAACAUAAGGAUUUGUUGAACCAUUACAAAGCAAAACAUAUUAUAUGCGAAGAGGGUGAAUGUUUGCUUUUGGGAAUAGCAUUUCGGACAGACAAUGAACUGAAGUUACAUAAGAUCUGCAUUUUGGUUGAAAGGCUAGCAGUAGAUUUUUAUAAUUUUGCGGAAAGAGUAGCGUUAAUGCUUCGGACAAUGUGGAAAAGUCGAGAUCAUGCAGCUGGCCCUCAGACGCUAACGUUAGAUCUUCAUUUUUCGGACCGGAACACAGCUGGACCAAGUCGAGGUGGCAGAACAGCUCAGUCAACACGUUCAAAACAAAACAUUCCAAAAGUAGUUCUAAUGCCACAUGAGCGACCAUUACGAGAGAAUAAGUCUGUUCCCAAUAAUAUGUCGAUCGUAUCUUCAGCAGAAAAUGAAUUAACAGGGUCAUCUCGAAAUUGCCUUCCACAGUUCACAUUACAAGGUAGUGAUUUCCCCCAUUUAGGGAAAUCUACACGAACAUCUGAAGCUUCAAAUUCAAUGUCUUCAUCACAACAUAGCAAAAGUGUAGCAGAAUCUCAGAAAAUGGCCACUGCGAAUAGUGUUAAAGCUGUAUCAAAUCUUAAGGAACCAAAUGGUAUUUCAUCGAGGUCAUGGUUUAUUGAUGACGACGAACAAUUUCCUCCUCAUCAGCUACAUUCAAAUAAUUUAAAUAAAGAACAAACUAAAAACGGAAAGACAGAAUCUUCCAUAACUGACAAAAUUGAGGUUGAAGCGAGUUCAGGGAAAUCAGUAAUCGAGUCGUCAUGGUCUAAAGUAAUGAAAAAACCGAUGUCCUUAAGCAGCGUAGCAUCCACAUUAGCAUUAAGUGAUUUCCCAAGUUUACCUGCACCUGCAGUACCAAAACCUGUGAACAAUUCAUUAACUGGAUCAGUGUGGGCUAAAAAAAGUCGAUCUGUCAUGCAGGCACCUUCAGGACAGUUGAAUUUGUCUUCUUCAGCCUGUUCCACUGGUAACAUUUCACGAAAAAAGCAACUGCCUGUGCCCGAUCUUUGGCCUCAAGAAUCAAUACCCGAAAAAUGGGAGGAUUGGGAAGAUUCUUCUACAGUGGGAUCGUUGUCAAAAAUGACUUUGGAAGACAUGAUUAUUGUCAAGGAUACGAACAAGAAAAAAGAAAGUAAAAAGACCAAGAACAAACAGCAACACAAUUUUGCUAAAAAACUGAAUGACCAAUUAUCGGAAGGUGAAAAAAGAAAAGUGGAAAACAAAACAACGGAUGAGUUCGUUGAUCCUUUCCCAUCUCUGUCUUCUCACAUUCAUCAUGAAAAUGAAGCUGAAAAGACUUCUGCGACAAAACCAUCAUCCACUUUAUCAAAGUUGCUCUCUUCAACUUUCUCAAUUCCUAAUAAUGUAACAACAAAAGAUAAAAGUGAGCCUGCGGAAACGGCUGCUACAGAUUCUCUAAAUCAAACGACGAUUGAUGCGUCAUCGUUUAAAGUUUUUCCGGAGCUUGGUGAAGGGUUAAAUGGAAAAAUCUUUAGAGAACAAUCAGAAAUUACUGGAAAAGAUCUUCCACCGAGUAUUGGCUCACCUCCUGGAUUAUGUACUAUAAAUUUAGUACUUCCGUCUAGUUUCGGUCCACCACCUGGUUUUGAUAAUAUAAUAUGUCCAGAAAUGCAAUCGAAUGAUGCGGUAAAAUCUGGUGAAGAUGUAAACGUGAAUGUUUCAAGACCAGUGAAGCCUG